GGGUCAGUCUGUCAGUAGAGCGUGUCCCACUUGGAAUUCUCAAAUCCUUUCGCCCAAGCGAGGACGUCUAAAUUUCAGUUGUCGCUUCAGGGUAUUUGCCAAAAUCAAACCCAGUUCCAGAAACUCGAUAGGAUGGUGCGCGUGAUCGAGGACAUGUUCGGCAUCGCCGUCAACCCGAUGACCCAGAAGACGGACCGGGUGCGCCGAUUCACCUUGAGCACGGAGCGUGGGAUGUCAGUGUCGAUCUUGACACUAGGCGCCGUCAUCCAGGCGCUGAAGGUGCCCGACUUCAACGGCAAGCUGGAGGACGUGUGCUUGGGCUACGACGACGUGGCCGGGUACUACCGCAACCAGCCGAACUACUUCGGGGCCACCAUCGGGCGGGUGGCCAACCGGGUCGCAGGCGGGCGCUUCCAGCUCUGCGGGAAGGAGGUGGCCCUAAGCCGGAACGUGAAGGACAGCUACCACAUGCACGGCGGCUUCGUGGGCUUCGAUAGCGUCAUCUGGGACGUGGUGGGCGUACACAAGGACGGGGUCACCCUGCAGCACGUCUCGCCGGACGGUCACGAGGGCUACCCGGGCGAGCUGACCACCAACAUCAACUUCUCACUGAACGAGACGAACUGCUUCGGGAUGCGGAUCGAGGCGCGCACGAAGGCCACCACGGCGGUGAACAUCUCGAACCACAGCUACUUCAACCUGGCCGGCCAGGGGGCGGGCAAGGAGGCGCUCUACCAGCACAUGCUGAUGAUCAAGGCUCAGAAGAUCGUGGACGUGGACCAGGAGAUGCUGCCCACCGGCAAGCUGAUGCGCGUGCGCGCCACCCCGUACGACUUCUCCAGCCUGGUGAGCCUGGGCAAGCGGCUCAACCUGGUGGCGACCUGCCCGCUGGGCGGCUUCGACAACCACUUCUGCGUGGACGUCUCCCCCAACCGCGUGCAGUUGGUCGCCCGCGUGGUGCACCCCUGCAGCGGCCGCUUCAUGGAGGUGCACACCAACCAGCCGGGCCUCCAGUUCAGCACGGCCAACGGCCUGCCCGACGAGGACUGCGGCGACAUUCCCAACGUGGGCAAGGAUGGGGCCCACUACGUUCGCCAGGGCGCCUUCAGCCUGCAGACGCAGAAGUACCCGGACGCCAUGAACCACUGCGACUUCCCGACGAUUGUGCUCAAUCCCGGCCAGCUGUACGACCACCAGGUGGUCUACCGCUUUGGCGCCUGUCCCAAGCGCGUAUAGACGCAGAACCUCAGGCUUCGUAGUUCUCCAAAAAAUAUGGAGGCCCUAACCCUCAUCGCAAUAAAAUGUAUAUUUCGGACAUUAAAUUAUGUUGCCCUA